AUGUCUUCUUUAUCGAUACUGUACCACGUAGAGAGUAAAUUCUUCUUCUAUGGAAUUUUGAUAAACGUGUGCUUAAAGUUCAGUUUAUUUCCAUUGUUCUUCACGGUAUGAAGUAUGUAUGUAUAUCUACAGAUAUGAUAGAAUCAGUUUUUGUUUUAUUUCUAAUUUGUUUUGCUGUUUUUAUUGUCUUUUUAGAUGUGAUUUUAUUAUUUUGAAUUUAGAAGAAGAAUAUUGAAGAUGAAUAUACUUCUAUUAUAGAUCUACUUAAAACGUACAAAAAUAUAGAUAUUACUUCCAAGAGUUGCCAUCAAGAAUUAUAUAAUAAUUUCAAAUUUUAUAAUUAACUUAUUAAAUGCAAUCAACAUAAUUUCAUCUGUAAUUUAUGUAGCCGUAUGCAAUAAAUUCGUCUAAAAUAUUACUCAAAAAUUAAGUCAUACAAAUUUAUUGACUAAUAUUCAUUUCACAGUAAUAUAAUUUCUUUUUUGAAUUAUAUCGCUUUAUUAAUCAGUUUGGAUUUUGCAAAAUACUUGCAUUAAAUUUUAUUGUUUCUUUUUAUUCAUUGGUUUAAUUGCUUUUUUCCUAUGUCAUCAUUUGAACAAACAUUUUUAUUACGAAUAUUUUUUUAAAUAUGUUUAUAUGUUAGUUUCUUUUUUUUUUUAAAGCACUUUCACACAAUUGCAUUUCAAAAUUGUUUUUGUAUAUGUACAUUUAAUUCUGGAUACUUAUAAAUUAUAAUAUAAUAGAGUAUAUAAUAUAGGUAAUAAAGAAUUGUGCAACAUUAUAAUAAAUAUUUAAACUUUUUAUAUGUUAUUAUACUUUAAUAUGCUAAUUUGUAUAUAUAAUUGAAUAUAUCUUUUAUCAAGUACAUUUACAAAAAUAUAAAAGUUUAUUUUAUAUGUAAUUAUCAUAAUUAUUAUUUACGUAACUUUAUGUUACUAUUUAUAUACUAAUUAUAAUAUUUAUAAAUAUUUAAUAUUCAUAAAUAUUUGUAAUCAAUCCCAUUGAUCAUUUAUGUUCUCUCAUUCUAGCACAAACUAAUGGGAAAAUGGCAGAUUAUGCAAGUGUAAGUACAUUGAUUUUUAAAUAUAAAAACUUUUUAUUAUGUAUGUUAAAUUUUUUUUUAUAGCUUGUAGAUCGCACACGAACUGUAUUUCUUAGUGGCAAAACAAGAUCAUUAGAAUGGAGAAUAAAACAAUUAAAACAAGCAUUACUUAUGCUAGAAGAAUGCGAACAGGAAAUUAUAUUAGCUCUUGCUACUGAUCUGCAUAAGCCUUCAAAAGCAAUAGUCAACAUAUUGGACAAAGUUGAAAUUAAGAAAGAGCCAUAUGGUGUAGUUCUUGUUAUAGGACCAUGGAAUUAUCCUUUCCAAUUAUGUGUAGUUCCUUUGAUAGGAGCAAUAGCUGCUGGUAAUUGUGUUAUUCUUAAACCAUCAGAAUUAUCCUCUGCCACAUCAGCAGUUUUGGCAAAAAUUAUUCCAAAAUAUUUAGAUCAAGAAUGCGUUCAUGUUGUACUAGGGAAUGUUUCUGAAACAACAGAGUUACUUAAACAAAGAUUCGAUUACAUCUUUUACACAGGUUCACCUGCAGUCGGAAAAAUUAUAUCCAAUGCAGCAAAUAAAUUUUUAACACCUGUUACACUAGAACUUGGUGGUAAAAGUCCUGUAUAUGUAGAUAAUACAGCAGAUUUAGAAAUAAGUGUAAAAAGAAUACUUUGGGGUAAAUGCGUUAAUGGUGGACAAACUUGUGUCGCACCCGAUUAUGUACUUUGCACAGAAGAAAUUCAAAAUAAAUUUAUAGAAAAAGCAAAAGAAAUUCUAAAAGAAUGGUAUACUGAUAAUCCCAAGGAAAGUCCAGAUUUCACGCGUAUAAUUAACGAACAUCAUUAUCAGCGUCUUGUAAAAUAUUUAAACAAUGGUAAAGUAGUACUAGGAGGUGAUUGCGAUGCUAACGAAAGAUAUAUCUCGCCAACUAUACUUAUUGAUGUUAAACCAACGGAUCCUGUGAUGCAAGAUGAAAUAUUCGGUCCAAUAUUACCAUUUAUAAACAUAGAUAACGCCUAUGAAGCAAUUAACUUCAUAAAUAGUCGUGAAUCCCCACUAGUAUUAUAUGUAUUUUCCAAGGACAGAAAAGUUCAGGAUUUAUUAAUAAGUCAAACUCGUAGUGGAAGUAUAGGAGUAAAUGACACAUUAAUGCAAUAUUGUGUUGAUACUUUGCCAUUUGGUGGUGUUGGUAAUUCUGGUAUGGGAGCUUAUCAUGGAAAGUAUACAUAUGAUACUUUCGUGCACAAGAAAGGAUGCCUUAUUAAAAAUUUCAAUAAAUUAGGAGAAACAUUAGGAUCAUGCCGCUAUCCACCAUAUUCUGACAAAAAGUUGUCUUUCGUAAAACUUUUGCUAGCAAAACAGCCUAACAUACCAGGAAUUAAAUACAUUCCACAUCUUUUAGCAUUCAGUUUAGGAGUUCUUGUUACAUAUGGUGUUUCAACUGCUUUAAAGGUAUAUAAGCUGAAACGUAUUUAAUGCACCUACUAAUCUGUGUAACAAUUUGAACUAUUAUACACCGCAUAAAAUAUUGCCGCACAAUAUUUGCAAAUUUUUAUAAUCAAUAUUAAUUAUUUCGUUGAAAGUUAAAUAUUCUAAGAAUAAAAACAUGAUUUGAACGCUUAGUUUUCAUUCGUAUUUUAAUUAGAAAGAUUUAUCUUUAAAAACUUGACAGUUUAAAAAAUAGGUUAUGCUGAGAAUGGUAUAUAAUAGUUGAAUUUCAAAAUCAUAUAUUGUUACAUUUUUAUAUAUUUUAUUCAUAUAAUUUUUUUUGUGUUUUUACAUCAUUUAACACUUAAUGAAUAUUAUUAUUUAUCAUGUUAACUAUUGGAGGCUAAAUAAAGGCAAUAAGUGUUGCUAUAUAAAUCGCAAUUAUGUUAUUCUCUCCUAACAUUUAAUUAACAUAUGAAAAUACUUUUCAGGUUCAAGAAGAAAAUUAUUAA